AACUUAGGAAAUCAUUCUCGAGUCAACAGUCGCUGAAUACAUUGCAAUGGCCGCCAAAUUCUUCCUUGUUCUCUGCGCUUCUGCGCUCUUCGUCCAGAGCGCUGUCAGCCAGUGCGGCUGUGGUGGAUACUCCGGCCCCUCCAUCGGGCUCGCCUCCUCUGGUCUCGGGUACGGCGGCUGCGGUGCAGGACUUAACAACGCUGGUUUGGGAAACAUCAUCUCAGCCAGCGCCGCUUCUGCUAACGGCGGUGGCCUUCCUGUCACUACCAGCUCCUCUAUCGCUCCCAGCACCAUCUCUGUUGUGUCCAACAACAACAUCGAAGGUGCUCUCGCCAUCAACGGCCAGCUGCCAGUCCUCGCGGCUGUGGCUCUAGACGCACAACUGCCGACCUGUGGCUCAGCGGGCACCUCUUACAGCUGCGGUGACAGCAACGUCGGCAUCUCAAGCCAGAGUCUCUCCGCUGCUGGUAUCAGCGCCUCCAACUCUGCUGGUGCUGGUUACGGCAAUAUUGGCUUGGCCAACGCUGGUGGCCUCAGAUUGGGUGGAUCAUGCGGCUGUAGCUCCAUCUACUAA